UGGCCAAAUUUUGUCAUCACAAAGUCACUGUUUCGAUCCAGUGGAGAAAGAGGGUAAAAAAGCCCAUAAUUCGAGGCUUGAAUGGGAUUCGUUUUAUAUCUCUCUCUCGGUCGGUGUCUCUUCUUCUUUUUACGUAACUUUUACUAAAAGUUUCUUUAUUGUGCAUGUUAUACCAGUGCACUGGCCUUCUUCCAAUAAUAAAGUAGUAGAUAGAGAAGUCUGAACCAAGUAAUAAUACAUAACAUAACAUAAACUGUAAAGUUUCAAUUCUUCUUCUUCUUCUUCUUGAAUGCCUGCAGGCCAUGUUUCCUUUACUAGUAACUGCUAUAUAGUGUUGCUGAUGAUGCUAUAAAAUAUCUGUAAUAUUGUGCUGCACUUGUUGUACAUACAUACGACAGGAUUGGAUUUAGAUUUAAAUAGCUCAGUCGUGUUGAUUCCAUUAGUUUAGUAAUAAGACUUUUAAAGAAGAAGAAAGCAGCUACUCGACUUGACAAAUUUUUAUACGUGGUUUAAACAUCAUCAUCAUCAUCAAUAUUGCCCUACUGAAAAGUAUUAUAAUAAUCUAAAAACCUAACUGCUCAACAUAUUUAUUCCUCUUUAAACAAUGGUUUCAUUCAUCAAUUGACGACGACAUUCAUUUCAUUAUCAAUUAAUCAGCAACAAUCUGCUGCUGAGGGGAAGAGAGAUAACUCGUCGGCUGUUUGUUUAGUUUAUUGCUGCCUAUAAAAUAAACUUGCUCUUGUUCCGCUGAGGUAUUAUAAAUUAUUAAGCGAGGUUUUUUUAACGAUAAGAAGGAGAAUAUACAUCCGUUUAAUAAUAAUUGUCUAGUGCAGAACUACCCACCCACCAACCACUAACCACUGCUUCAUUCUUCAAUCCAAACAAUAAUCAAUGGAAGAAUCGGCCAAACACAAAGAGAGAAAUUGAAUCAAUCGUCUCCUGACUCUUUGUCCUUGAUUGUUUUUUACUUGGAUGGAUGUAUGUAUUAGAUAUCUGCGUGGCGACAGUAUUACUAUUUAGCAAGUAUUGAUUAAACAAGAAAUACCUACAUUACAUAUCGGUACUUUGCCAAACCGACUCAGGGACGCCAACAACGAAAGAAAUCAAACUUUCUGCAAGAUUGGAUCAAUUAAAUCAAUCAAUUCGACAUCAUCGAUUCAACAAUAAUUCUCCAUUUUUUACAAGAAGAUGACAAAGAGAAAACAGUUCACAGUUUUAGCAAGAAUAAAUUAAAAUGUGUGAGUCAUUAUCGUCAGCAUCAUCAUCACCAUGGAGGAUAGAAAAAGAUCGUAAUAAUAAUAAGCUGGAAGAACAGACCACCGGGAGCAAUAAUAAUAUAGCAGCAGCCGUAAACUAGUCAAAAUUUUGGAAGUGUGCUGGAAUAGAUUUAUGAGGUAGGAGGAACAAGAUGACGCAGGUGGACGCAUUUCUUGUGGAGGGCCAGGAAAAUAAAUCAAAGAAGGCCGAGAAAUCUUCAUCCUCCUCAAAUGAAUUGUCCAUGUCGUUUGAAACUAAUCAUUCUAUACCGACAUCGUCAUCUCCAAAGUCUAUCAGAAUUUAUCAAAACGGCCACAUUUCAAACCUUUGUCGACCUGUUUUUCUUAACCCAAAUAAAUCUCAUAGCUGGUGCGAAAUUCUCGAAUUGUUGCAACAAGCGGCGAGCGUUCCAGUCCAAAAAGUGUUCACCAUUCAUGGAAAACGUAUCUCUUCAUGGACUGAGGUCCAGAAAUUGCAAGAAGUCGUAGUCUGUGGGACAGAACGGUUCAAAAUGUUACCAUACGGCAAGGAUUCGCCAAACAGUAGCAACAACAGCACAGCCACGGUGAUCACGAAAUCUCGAAAUAGUCUGGUACAUACAAAGGAGAAGAAAGUGGAGAAGAGGAAUCUGGUAAAAUCUGUGAUCGUGGAACCUACUUGCAUGGCAGAAAAUGAGAAUUCCCCCAGUCUCGUAACAAUUAAUCCACUUUUGAAGACUUUGUCGGAACAAGAUGUUUCUGCGAUGGAGAAAUGUUCCAGAGUUAGAGCUCGGCAAUCGUCCCCACGACCAAGGCCAGUGUCCGCGUAUAAUCAUCAUGUCAACAUGACGGUUUCAGGAGAGAGAAAAACUUUGGGACUUGGAGCUUCAAGAAUUCCCAUACCUAAACGAGUCAGUACUCCAUUGGCAGGGUCGACAGGUGUUCAUAAUAAUUCGGGCACCACAACCACGUCGAAAAAUUCAGACUCUCCCAAUAAUGUCAUCAAACCGAGGCGAAUUACCGACAAACCGGAAACUUUACGACAAGAUUCUUCUAAAAAUGAGUUUAUACGACCACGACUCGUAACAAUCAUUCGGCAUGGAAUGAAACCAAGAAAAGCGGUUCGUUUUCUCCUUAAUAAGAAGACUGCUCGAUCAUACGACCAGGUCCUGAACGAGCUGACGGAAUCAAUCAAACCAGCUUGGGGGGCUGUACGAAAAGUCUACACUAUCUCCAGAUCUGAAGUUACUUGCUUAGAAGACUUUUUCGGUGAGGAUGACAUCUUCUUGGCAUGUCCAAAUGAUCGUUUGGGCACAAAUGAUUUUGAUUUAGACUUUGAAGAGUGUAAAUCUAUUCAACCGUAUGUCAAAGGAUUUAUCGCAUUUAAGCAAGCUCGUUUUGAAGGAUUAGAAGCGUCUCGUUCCCCUCUUCAUCAGCGACGACCAAAGUCUUGUUCAAACUCUCAAGGUCACUCAUCAUCUCAGUAUCCGGCUCACCCGAAAUAUAUUCCUGUCACUCACUUUCCUGCAGCAAUUCUGGACAAGUAUCACGUAGGAGAUAUAAUUGGGGAUGGAAACUUUGCCGUGGUUCGCGAAUGCACUGCUCGCCAAACUAAACAACGAUAUGCCCUCAAAGUCAUAGACAAAGCACAAUGUAAAGGACGAGAUGCUCCACCAGAACAUGAAGUGAAAAUCCUGAGCAUGGUUUAUCACCCUAACAUUGUCGAAAUGUUUGAGCAGUUCGACUUUAGCAAUGAACUCUACAUUGUUUUAGAAUUGAUUGAGGGUGGUGAUCUUUUUGAUGCAAUUGCUGCCGCAACUAAAUUUACUGAAGAAGAAAGUGCUUCCAUGACUCGAGAUGUGGCAUCAGCUCUGGCAUUUUUACAUUCUUUUCGUAUCGUGCAUCGGGACAUUAAACCAGAAAAUUUACUGGUUUACACCCAAAACGACGGUCAACGAAGAAUUAAACUGGGUGACUUUGGACUGGCCAAAAUUGCUGAUGGGCCCCUUUACACCGUUUGCGGGACUCCUACUUAUGUAGCCCCUGAAAUAUUGGAAGAGUCAGGAUAUGGUUUGAAAGUGGACAUCUGGGCACUUGGUGUCAUCGUCUACGUCCUGUUAUGCGGAUAUCCUCCAUUCGUCAGUCCCACUGGAAAACAGGAAGAUCUAUUUGAAUUAAUUCUCGCAGGCGAAUACGAUUUUCCUGAUGAUCCCUGGGAACACAUUUCUCAUCAAGCAAAAGAUAUCAUACAACGAAUGAUUGACCGAGACACUGAUAUGCGACCCUCGGCAGAAGAAGUUCUUCUACAUCCUUGGCUUGGGGAUACGAACGAGCCUUCGGGUCAAGAGCAUCAUCAGUCGUCAGACUUCAAUUUUAAAAUUUUCCAAGCAAUGGGUCUAACAUCGCCAUUGUCUUUAUCUCAAUCUCACUCCUAAAACACCUCGCAUCCAGCUACAUACAUCCACAUAAAAUACAGAAUAUUAUGUAAUAGCAACCCAUUAUUCUGAAACUAGUCCAAAAAUGUCGUUAUUCGAUCGCGCUGUGUUUUUGUAUCCAGUCGUCGCAUUGACAUACUACUAAAUUACUAUCAUUACUUAUACUAUAAAUCCAAACAUGGAAGUCGUGCAAUGAAGAAACUAAAUUAUUCAGUAGCCUAAAAAAACAAACAAAUUAGUGUGUAAAAAUCGCUUUAACAAGUUUGGAUAAGGUUUCAUUUACUUUUUCACACUUUUAAAUUCUAAGUUAAUUUGUUGGUUACAAAAACUGAAAAUGGUACAAAUUCUUAAUACUUCAACUACUAUCAUCUUUACAGAAUAACGUGCUGGUGGCAACGUGUUAUCAUUGCUAACUGCAUGGGGUUCGCAACAACAAAACUGUAUGAAAAUUGGCCCUAAAACAAAGUACUAUUACCUACAAUAUGAUACAACAACAACCAACAAACCACUACAUAUUUCCACACUUGCACCAGCGCCAUUUUUCACAGCGUCGUCGUCAAAACCAUGUAUAAUGAAUUACUAACUUGUAGCUUUAAUCAUUUUUAUUUAUUUUUUAUUUAAGUUGAAACUGUGAUCCCAAUAAUAAAUGUUUAUUAUUCAUGUGUA